AGAUAUGGAGGAGGAAAUAGGUGAUAGAGAGAGGGGCGCAGGCGUAGAAAGAAGUAAGCGGAGGAGGAGGAGGAGGAGGAGGAGGAGGAGGAGGAGGAGGAGGAGGAGGAGGAGGAGGAGGAGGAGGAGGAGGAGGAGGAGGAGGAGGAGGUGGAGGAGGAGGAGGAGGAGGAGGAGGAGGAGGAGGAGGAGGAGGAGGAGGAGGAGGAGGAGGGGGAGGAGAGGAGGAGGAAGAGGAGGGGGAGAGGAGGAGGAGAGGACGAGGUGGGGGAGGAGGAGGAAGGGGAGAGAUGAAGGGGAAGGAUGCAAAUGAGGGGGGGACGCACCAGGUGCGGGAG